AUGCCCGACAGCACAGUGGGAAAUCGCUGGCCAACAUUCCAUACAGCACAGUGGGCAAUCGCUGGCCAACAUUCCAUACAGCACAGUGGGCAAUUGCUGGCUAACAUUCCAUACAGCACAGUGGGCAAUCGCUGGCCAACAUUCCAUACAGCACAGUGGGCAAUCGCUGGCCAACAUUCCAUACAGCACAGUGGGCAAUCGCUGGCCAACGUUCCAUACAGCACAGUGGGCAAUCGCUGGCCAUCAUUCCAUACAGCACAGUGGGAAAUCGAUGACCAACAUUCCCUACAACACAGUGGACAAUCGCUGACCCGCAUGCCGCAGUGGGCCAUCGCCUGUCUACUUACCUACAGUACAACGUACGCACGACUAUCGUCAACGAUCUACCGAGUCAAGCGUGAAAGUGACGUCAUCGAUCCACUUCCGGAAAAGACCGAUCUUCAAAUUUCUGUUUCCGGGUCAAAAGUGAAUAUUCAUCUGAAUAGAAACCAUAAUAUCCGACCGGAAGUUCCUAUUUACGUUCAACGUAAUGGCGAUAUUCGUCGAAUGGAUUUACCGGCACGAAGAACGACGGCCCUGUAUCAGGAUCUUCAAAGUGGCGCCUCUGUGGAGCUCGAAUGUGAGAAGAGGGGAAACAACUCGUGUAAACAUCUUGUGAGGGGCAGUUUUACAUUCCAUAACAGCAGCUAUAUGCUUGAACCAGACGACAGCGAAAAUUCAGACGAUCGUGACGUCACUGAUGAUGUCAUCCACGUCAUCUUUGAGACGCACGUGAAUUAUGAUUAUAUGGCGGACUUUAUUUAUCCAGCGGGAAAACCAAAUAUUCGUAUCGAGCGUCCAUUGAACCAGACCAGAAGUUUUCACCUUCUGCCAUCAAAUCGGAAGAAGCGUGCAGUGGUGCCGCAAACACUCGAGUUUCUGCCAGUAACAGAUUACCCUAUAUAUGAUUUUUGGUACCAGCGAAGCGAGGCGACCACAGCCAGCGCCAUGGACGUGGAUGCCCUGGAGAAAAUUCGAGUAUUCUACGCAUUUGUACUGAAUGCGGUUGAUAUUCGUUACCAGAGUAUUGUCAGCAGCACAAUCUCCAUAGAAAUAGUUUUUGCGGGAAUUUUCAUAGCAACGGACCCUUCAGUGUCCACAUGGACGGAAGACAACAAGGUCACAGUUUCCGGUGGCAAGGAUCAAGUGGACUCCGGCGUCGCCCUGGACGCUUUCAAAGACUGGCUAUCCGCCGAGACUGUUCAACUUCCGGCAUACGACCACGCGAUGGCAUUCACCGGAUAUGACCUUGUGCGAUCAGGCUCAUCUUCAUAUGCGGGUUUGGCGUGGGUUGGCGGAACGUGUGAUCUGAAUUCACCUUACUCCAACAGCAUCUCCGAGGAUCACUUCGACGCUGGAAUGGCCGCUACUGCAGCGCACGAGCUUGGGCACAACCUCGGUUCGAGCCACGAUGGGGACGGAAACACUUGUUCAGCAGACGAUAAAAACGUGAUGUCACCAAGCACGGGAGGGGUGACAGAUUCACGUGCAGUGAACCACUGGAUAUUUUCCUCGUGCAGCGUCGAUCAGUUUGAAACCUAUAUUUCAACGUUGGACAGCUCCGGUAACAAUUGCUUGUUGACCCUGUCUGCGGGUCACGAUUCCAGCGCCCUAGAUUCUUACAGUGGGCUUGAAGCCGGGCUUGUAUAUGAUCCUGAUGUACAAUGUGAGAUCCUUAUGGGAACAGGGUCCUACUUAUGCAGGCAAUUCUACACUGACUACUCCGAGCUGUGUCCCGUACUAUGGUGUACUAUUCCUGGUACCUCCUCAUGCCAGACCGGUAUAGCCUGGGAGGGAAGUAUUUGUGGGAACCAAAAGUUAUGUCGUUCCGGCGUUUGUACCUGUGAUACGGCUGCCCCUGUUGUUCCGGAUGAUUGUCCCCAUGGGGAUUUACCCGGAAUUGUGUACAACUCCAUGAAUUGUUCCGAACUGAUUUCCGGGAACCCAGGCUACUGCAACCAACAGUAUUUCUACGGACGGUGUUGUCAGACUUGCAACGCGUACUAUAUUGGAAUCACCGGUUGUGAAUAUGGCGAUAGAGCAACCGGUUGUGACGUCAAUAGCUGUCUUAUCUACGACGACAAUUCUCGUGAUGUCUUGUGUUGCGGAACAUGCGCUGUGACUACAACAACGACAACUACGACAACGACCACCACGACAUCGACACCUAUCACCACCACAACAACGCCAACAGUGGCAACUGUUUCUACCACAACAACACCAAUCUCGACAAGUUCAACGCCAGCUUCAACACCCAUUUCGACCAGUACGAUGCCAACAUUAACCACUUUAAUGCCAACUUCAACACCAAGGUCGACAACUUCAAUGCCAACUGCAACAUCAACAUCAACAACUUCAAUGCCAACUUCCACACCAACAACUUCAAUGCCAACUUCAACACCAACAUCAACUACAUCAAUGCCAACUUCAACAACAACGUCGACAACUUCAAUGCCAACUGCAACACCAACAUCAACCACCUCAAUGCCAACUUCAACACCAACAUCAACCACUUCAAUGCCAACUUCAACACCAACAUCAACCACUUCAAUGCAAACUGCAACACCAACCACUUCAAUGCCAACUGCAACACCAACAGCAACAACUUCAAUUGCAACACCAACAUCAACCACUUCAAUGCCAACUUCAACACCAACAUCAACCACUUCAAUGCCAACUUCAACACCAACAUCAACCACUUCAAUGCCAACUUCAACACCAACACCGACAACUUCAAUGCCAACUGCAACACCAACUACGUCAAUGCCAACUUCAACAACAACAUCGGCAACUUCAAUGCCAACUGCAACUACAACAUCAACCACUUCAAUGCCAACUUCAAAACCAACAUCGACAACUUCAAUGCCAACUUCAACACCAACAUCGACAACUUCAAUGUCAACUGCAACAUCAACAUCAACCAUUUCAACGUCAACUGCAAAACCAACAUCAACCACUUCAAUGCCAACUGCAUCACCAACAUCAACCACUUUAAUACCAUCUUCAACGCAAACAUCGACCACUUCAAUGCCGACUUCAGCACCAACAUCGACCACUCCAAUGCCGACUGCAACUACAACAUCAGCAACUUCAACACCAACAUCAACCACUACGAUGCCAAGUUCAACAGCAACAUCGUCCACUUCAAUGCCGACUGCAACACCAACAUCGACAACUUCAAUACCAUCAUCAACCACUUUAAUACCAACUUCAACACAAACAUCAACCACUUCAAUCCCGACUUCAACACCAACAUCGACAACUCCAAUGCCAACUGCAACUACAACAUCAACAACUUCAACACCAACUUCAACACCAACAUCAACCACUUCAAUGCCAACUUCAACAACAACGUCGACAACUUCAAUGCCAACUGCAACACCAACAUCAACCACUUCAAUGCCAACUUCAACAACAACAUCAACCACUUCAAUGCCAACUUCAACACCAACAUCGACAACUUCAAUGCCAACUGAAACUCCAACAUUGACCACUUCAAUGCAAACUUCAACACCAACAUCAACCACUUUAAUGACACUUUCAACACCAACAACUUCAAUUCCAACUUCAACACCAACAUCAACUACUUCAAUGCCAACUUCAACACCAACAACUUCAAUGCCAACUUCAACACCAACAUCGACCACUUCGAUGCCAACUUCAACACCAACAACUUCAAUGCUAUCUGCAACACCUAUCUCGACCACAACAGCACCAAUGUCGACCAACUCUACCACUGCAACGCCGACUACAACGACAAUCUCAACCACUGCAACACCAACUACUACGACCAUCUCGACCACUACAAUGCUUACUACAACACCAACUACUACGACCAUCUCGACCACUACAAUGCCUACUGCAACACCAACUACUACGACCAUCUCGACCACUACAAUGCCUACUGAAACACCAACUACUACGACCAUCUCGACCACUACCACGCCAACUACAACACCAACAACACCAUCAUCGAUAACAACUACAACAAAUUCAGGAACGACGACGACGGUUUCUGGAAGUAGUUCUCAAUCGAAUGGAAACGAUGGUGGAAAUAAACAGGGAGAAGACCAAGAGUCAGGAGGUUUAAAUGGAUGGCAAAUAGCGGUUGUAACGGUGAGUGUGCCUUUUGGUGGCGUGUUGGGUACGGCAGGAAUCAUCUUCGUCAUAAAGAAGUUCCUAUGCAGUGCUGCAAGUAGUAACGUAAGUUGUUCCUGUACAGUUCUGCCAGUAGAAAAGUCGUUCAGCCUCAAGGACCGAAUGCAAGCUGUCCGCGGAGUAGUGUAA